GACUAAUAAAACGAAAUGGAAAGAGUGGAAACUGUAGAAAAUCUGCUGCAUUUGUGGGGAUUUAGUGAUUUGUGUAAAAAAUUUGAAGAACAUCAAAUCACGUUGGAUAUUUUACCAUCUUUAAUUCAGGACACCUUUCUCAAUGAUAUAAUUCCCCAAUAUGGAAGGCGGUUGAUUUUCAAGAAGAAAGUGGAGGAAUAUCUUGGACAGAAAUAUAAGGACACUGAAUUGUUAGAGGAGGAAACCCUGGAUGAAACCAACAUUGACAAUCAAGGUAUAAUAUCGUUAUCUGGAGCUGAUAUCAUAUCAUUCUCGGCUACAAGGGACCAACAGGUAUCCCACUCCCCAGUUGUAUAUGAUUUUCAAAUACCCAGCUCAUCAGCAUCUUCAUCUACAUAUACAUUGCUGUCAAAUGCUAGUGGUUAUUCAAGUACUCCAAACAUUCAGAGUGAGGAUGAAGGUCCCAUAAAAAAAAGGAAGCUCUCAAAAGUGGAGGAUUUCAAUCUAAAAUCCCUCUUGGAGUCUACCUGCAUCGGUAGAGCAAUUUUAAAUUUAUACCAACUGAAAGGCAGUCUUGAUGCCACCUGUCAAGGUCAUCUUGUCGAUAUCAUAUCUACAUAUUUUCUUACUGGAGAUUUUGAGCGUUUGACAAAUUUUCACUUCAACGCUAUUUGUGACAAAAUCAUAGAGACAUUUCCGAAGGAGGUGAAAGAAGCUUACUACACACCACCCAUUAAGAAAAGGCAAUCAAGGGAUAAUAAACCCGGUAUUGCAAAAGGAAAGUUGGUAGACAAAUAUCGGAAUAAGUUGACUUUUUUACGAAAGGCAAAAAUUCUACCGUCAAGAUUAACUAGUGUAGACGACGAGGAGGAAGAAAGGGUUGUACUUAACGUGGAUGACUUAGAACAAGCUAGCCUAAACUGGCUUAAACAUAACAUAGAACCAUGGUCGACGGCAGACAUAACCCUAUCAGACAUAUAUGAAGAGUGGACAAUUCUCAAGCAACCGUUGGGACAUACUUUGAUCGACCACGAUUUUGAAAAGUUGUUCCCCGAUGUAGGAAACUUGUUCUAUAACAACUGGGAUGUAGUGCUAUUAAAACUUAUAGAGAUACGAAAGCAUGUGUUAAAUGAAACCGAUCAAUUGUUAUUAGAUAUCUUAAAGACCGAUGCCGUAAAUAAAGAUUACCAGGAUUACCUUAUGCUAACCUUGUUAGCUUCUCUACUUCCUUGUCGAGCGAGACAUGUAAAAAAAAAUAAAAACCAAUGGAAGCCAACAGUUCAAGAAUGUAGAGACGGAAUUGUAGUACGCGUAGCUUUACCAGGAGAUAUUCAGACAGCCAUUGAAAAAAAGCGAGAAAAAUUAUUAAAAGAAGGAUUAGUUCUACAACCAUUUAUAAUUGUUCAGGGAACCGGCACUAUUAUUAACCAUAUAUAUGUAAGUGUUGAUAAUACCUUGUAUAUUGUACCAUCGAUUCUAAAAGCCGUGGAUGUUUGUUUCCGCUGCUAUCACGUCUUUCAUUUAAAGUACCCUAUUGAAGCAGAACAUUGUUGGCUAUUUAUACAGUUGGCAUUGUACAAAUUUAAGACCAAAUGGGAUAUGCCCAUCCCCAAUAUCUUUGACCUUGUGAAUAAGGUUACGGUAUAA